AUGACAGGCAAUUCAUCCCUCGACCCCGGGGCGCCACAACGCCCAACAGGCCCUAGACUCUACCAUCGCAAGUCUCGGACAGGCUGUUUGAGGUGCAAGGCUAGACGGGUCAAGUGCGAUGAGGACCGCCCCUCAUGCGGUGGCUGCAGCCGCCACCUGGUCGAGUGCGUCUAUCCUAAUGCAGACGCGGACGGGAACUCGAGAGCGCAUGCAAGGAGCUCCCGGUCGUCGACGAGGGGUGCAGCGCAGGGCUUAGCGCACACGCCCAACGGCGUGUCACCGGCGGCGAGCAGCGGCACUCACGAGUCGAAUCCGGACUCACGCUCUGAAAGCAUGGGCAUGGCCAUUUCUCCGCCCGAGGGCUCGCAGCACGGCGCGUCUACCCCGGCUUCCGCCCGCGCGCACACAGCGCAUGGCGGCGAGAUGGAGACCGACGCACCCGUGCCCGAAGGCAGCGUGUCGGACUCGUCGACGCACCAGCCAGGGAGCGUCGACGUGCUCGACCUGCCUGAGACGCGCGACCGACGCAUCACGGAGAUGCAGCUGCUGCAUCACUACCUCUUGCACCAGGCCAAGACGUUUAGGAGGUCCCUCGUCCCGGAGGAGUACUUUACGCAGCCCAACCCGAAUGAGUAUCUAUGGUCGGUCGAGACGGUCAACAUGGCGUUUGAGAACGACUGCAUCCUCUACGGACUCCUCGCGCACUCGGCGCUGAGUCAAUGGAUCGAGUACGUGGAAGCCGGGGACGAGCGGGCGGAGCACUACCGGAACCUACAGCAGCAAUACCUGGCCAUGGCCCUCCGCGAGCAGCGCCGGGCCGUGGCUCAGCUGUCGAGCGAGCGCACAGAUCACGUCGUCAUAUCGAGCCUGCAGCUGCUCAACCACGUCUUCGCGCUGGUGCAGACCGUGCCCGCCAGCCCGUGGGAGCCGCCGGCCGAGUUCAUGCAGAUGGGCCGCGGCGUGGGCCAGGUCUUCAUGGUCGCGCGGGGCCACCUGGGCGCCAACACGGGGCGGGGCGGGCACGGCGACCGCAUGACGCGCUUCCUCAACACGCCGCCGCGCUUCGACCCGGACGAGAUCUUCGACCCCAAGUACCGCGCCCACCUCGAGUGGGUGCUGGACCGGCCCGAGGGGCUCGCCGAGGCGGCGGACCGCGAGAUGGAGGACAAGGUGACGCGGCACUUUUACCUGCGCACGCUCAGCUACGUCGGGUGGUGCGAGGCGGCGGUGCGCAGCGGCACGGAGCCCGACGUGCUCGUCUGCCGGCGGUUCGCGGCGUUUGCGGUCUGGGCGCCCGAGAUCCUGGCCGACUUCAUGGCGCAGCGGCGGCCGCGGGCGCUCGUCGUCAUGGCAUACUUCUUCGCGCUGUGGAUCCCCUACGAGCACCUCUGGAUGAUCCGCACGACCGGGGCGCGGCAGGUCCGGGGCAUCUACGAGGCGCUGCCGCCGGAGUGGAGGGCCAAGCUCGACCCGCUGUUCGUGGAGUAUAAGCUGUGA